AUGGAUGCCUUUCUCUUCGUCUACGGCGACGGACGGACGGAGCACGGCGAUGGUCUCGCGGCUCUGGCACCAGCGUCGGGCCUCGCGCCAGGCGGUGGGCGGUGGCCGAGCAGCGGCGGCCGGGUGAGCUGCGGCCGCGCUCGCGGCGGGAGUCACGCUCACGGCGGGAAGCGCGCCGGGGCGGCGGGUGGCGGGCUAUGGUCGGGCAGCGCGCUGCGAGGACGGGCGGGCGAGCGGACUGGCGCAGCUUCGGCGGACGCGGUGGGCGGCGCAGCACCGGGGCGGGCAGCGGCGGCCGAGCAGCGGCACCCGGGUGAGCUGUGGCCACGCUCACGGCGGGCGACGAAGCUGCACGCGCGUCGGGCGUCGCGCUCGUGGCCGGCGGUGCGCCGGGCGGCGGGCGGCGGCCGGAUGAGCUGCGGCCGCGCCCGCGGCGGGAGGCGCGCCGAGCAGCGGGUGGCGGACGAUGGUCGUGCAGCGCGCGGCAAGGACGGGCGGGCGAGCGGACUGACGCAGCUCCGACGGACGCGGCGGGCGACGCAGCACCGGGGCGGGCAGCGGCGGUCGGGUGAGCUGCGGCCACGCUCGCGGCGGACGACGGAGCCGCAUGCAUAG